GUGAGGAGGAGUAGUCUGGGGAGGACUGAUAUAAGGGGCUGCCUCGGUGGAAGGGGACCUCUAGAGCUGCCUGCAUUGCUCCUGUUGGCAUCAUGGAACUUGUCCUGCUGUGUGUACUGCUGGUGAUGGCUGGUGUGACUCCAACCCAAGGAGGGAUCCUGAACCUGAACAAGAUGAUCUGGCAAGUGACCGGGAAACUCCCCUUCUUCAACUACUGGCCCUACGGCUGUCACUGUGGAUUUGGUGGCAGAGGCCAGCCCAAAGAUGCCACAGAUCGGUGCUGCCAAGAACAUGAUUGCUGCUACUUCCAUCUGAGGCUCCAUCGAUGCAAGACCCGGACAGAUCACUACAAAUACACCUUUUCCUUGGGAGACAUCCAGUGCUCUGACAAGGGGAGCUGGUGCGAGCGACAGCUGUGUGCCUGCGACAAGGCGGUGGCCUUCUGCCUGAAGAACAGCCUAGACACCUACCAGAAGAAACUGCGGUUCUACUGGAGGCCCAAAUGCAAGGGUGUGGCUCCUCUGUGCACGGGCCCUGCCAACCUGACUUUUCUGGGGCUCCCUAAUUGAAUCGAGCUGCCCUAGGUUGCACACAAAAUACAUAAUAUAGGCAGGCGCUGUGCCACUGAGCUAAAUCCCCAGC